GCCAGAGAGAAUCGCGUUCCGGUGUCGUCCGUCCAGCAGCGAAGAUUCAUUCGAUUGCUAGCAUUUUCCGCGACUGGUAGCAAAAACCCGUUCGUUCGUUCGCUGCGCGUUCAGUGUGACUUUUAUAAUAGAUUGUAGUGAGGUGAUUGGGGCCGAUUGAUUCGAUUAAUACCGUGUUUUCAGGGUAGAUGUGCAAAAGCCAAAAAUUUCAUCGGAUCGGAUCGGAACAAGUCUCGGUUCUUUCUGACCGACCGACGAUCGCAAGAGCAGCCAGCAGCGAGUUCUAGUGCGUGCUUUUGCCGUGGUAGUGCGCGAGAAGAUUUUCACGCGAAAUUCGAGUGAGUGAGUGAAGAAAAUUGCCCCCAAAAGAAGAUAAAAGUGUUGGUCGGUGGAAGACGGUUGACGUCAGCAAGUUUUUGUAGUGGGAGAAAAACAAGUCCGAGCGCUUCCAGAGCGGAACUAAUCUAUUCUUGACGAUCAUAAACCGACGACGACCGUCAAGUCGGCGAAGAGGCGCAUCAGUUUUUGAUCAAGUUACUACUACCAAUACCUACUAAAACACUAGUAGCAGCUAAUUAUAAGCGCCAGUGACCAGCGAGCGGAACGAAUAAAGAAAAGGCCGAACAAUGUCCGACUACGAUCUGGACGUGGAUAACCUGAUACAGCGGCUGCUGGAAGCACACAAACUGCAACAGCAACAGACACAGGAAACUAGGAAAAAAGGGAAACUGAAAGACAUAUUCUCGUCAGAUAAGGUCAGAGGAUGUCGACCGGGAAAGGCGGUACCUAUGUCAGAGGAAGAGAUUCGCGGUCUGUGCCUAAAGUCUCGGGAAAUUUUCCUACAGCAGCCCAUCCUUCUCGAUCUGGAAGCACCGCUGAAAAUUUGCGGUGACAUCCACGGUCAGUACACAGAUCUGCUGCGGCUGUUCGAGUAUGGAGGCUUUCCACCGGAGGCCAACUAUCUAUUCCUGGGCGAUUACGUUGACCGAGGAAAACAAUCACUGGAGACGAUUUGCCUGCUGUUGGCCUACAAAAUCAAAUACCCAGAGAACUUUUUCCUGCUGCGGGGCAAUCACGAGUGUGCCAGUAUUAAUAGGAUAUACGGAUUCUACGACGAGUGCAAACGGAGGUACAACGUCAAGCUGUGGAAAACCUUCACCGACUGUUUCAACUGCUUACCAAUCGCGGCCAUUAUCGACGAGAAGAUUUUCUGUUGCCACGGUGGACUGAGUCCGGAUUUGAAUCAUAUGGAACAGAUCAGAAGAAUCAUGAGGCCAACCGACGUUCCCGACACUGGACUGUUGUGCGAUUUGCUGUGGAGUGAUCCAGAUAAGGAUGUCAAGGGCUGGGGCGAGAACGAUCGCGGUGUGAGUUUCACCUUCGGCGUCGAUGUCGUGUCCAAAUUCCUGAGCAUGCACGAUCUGGAUCUGAUCUGCCGGGCGCAUCAGGUUGUCGAGGAUGGGUACGAGUUCUUCGCCAAACGCUCGCUGGUGACACUUUUCUCGGCACCCAACUACUGCGGAGAGUUUGACAACGCCGGUGGUAUGAUGUCGGUCGACGAGAAUCUAAUGUGUUCGUUUCAGAUUUUGAAACCAUCGGAGAAGAAAGCCAAGUAUCAGUACUCGGGCACGAACGCGCAGCGACCGCAGACGCCGCAGCGGAACCAGAAUCAGCCGCUGCCGCCGAGCAAACGGAAAUAAUAAUUUCUCUCUCUUCUGAAUCGCUAUCUGACCCGACGGCGCGGCGGCGGCGGUGGUGGUGGCGGCGGAAGCAGCAGGAAACAGAAAUCAGCAUCAACAUCAACUUCAUCUUCGUCCGCAGGUACACCUAACCCAGCCAAUCCCGCUCCACCACCGCCACAGUCAUCAUCUUCAUCAUCAUCAACAGCAGCAGCCACAGCAACAGCAUCUUCAUCGUCAUCAGUUGCCGUCCCCGCCGGCGCCGGGGCAGUUAUGUCCGAUUCACUCUCCAGUAGUAGCAGUAGUAGCGCCCUAGAAAACCAAAAUCAUCCGCACUCGAUAGCCGUUUCCUCUCGACGACCGUCCUCUUCCUCGUCAUUGCCAUACGCUUCCAAUGAUUACGAGCAAGGACACAGACACUACCAUAACAAUGUCCACCACGACGACGACGACGACGACGACGAUGACGAUCUGGAGGAGGAAGAACUGAUUGUAACCAUACCACCCCCACCACCACCACCGGCUCAGGUAAUGGCCAUGCAGCAGCAGUUGCACUCAUUGCGACUGGAAUCUUCAUUACCGCGAGCGGUAACCGUACAGAUAGCCGUGCCACCUCCGACUCCACCGUUGCCAUCGUCCGGUUCUUCCUCCGGAUCGCCGUGGGUACCGUUGAAGUCGUCAGCAUCCGCAGCAAUACAUCAGAACAACAUUCUAG